AUAUACACAACACACGUUUGCCUUUUCUUACCAUACAAGAAACAGAAGGCAUCACAGACCACUACAACAAACUUGCAGACAGUCAUUCAAUCAAAAAAGGAACAAGAUGCAGACCUUUUAUAUUUUCCUAUUAUUUGCAGCUGCAUCAUUGCUCUAUCCUUAUGGAGAAAACCAAGGUGACACAGAAAACCCAGUGGCUGAUGAUGGGAAUUCUCCAGAGAUCUUCACUGAAAAUUCAUUCUCCUUCUAUGGCAAAAAAUACAACUCCCUUUUUGUCAACAACAAUGGGGUUAUCUCUUUUGGAAAGUAUGUCUCAGAAUACACUCCUAAUGCUUUCCCUCUGGAUAAUGAAGUACCCUUUGUUGCUCCGUUUUGGGCUGAUGUUGACAAUAGAGUCAGUGGGACGAUCUCCUGGAGACAGACCAAAGACUCGGUGCUGCUUAGUCGGUUUGCUGCAGACCUCAGUCAGUAUCACCCUGAUGUUUCCUUCACACCCGUCUGGAUGUUUAUCGCUACCUGGGACAAAGUAGGCUACUAUGGAUCUGUUUCAAAUAAGGUCAACACUUUUCAAGCUAUCCUGGCCACCGAUGGAGAAAUAUCUUUCAUCAUGCUGAACUUUGCUGACAUACAGUGGACCACUGGAUUUGGAAACGAUGGAGAUAUCUAUACAGGGCUUGGAGGAAUCCCCGCUCAGGCUGGCUUUGACAGCGGGGACGAAGAAAAUUACUACAACAUCCCUGGUUCCCGAACUGCUGAGAUUCUCAAUAUUAAGGAGACCAGCAAUGUUGGCGUACCAGGUCGCUGGUUGUUUCAAGUGGAUAAGGCAAUCAUUGGAGUUCCCACGGUACAAAGUGAUUGCUUAAAUAAGUGAAAUCACUUCCGACGCGCACUUCCAAUCUGCUCCUCCAGGCCAGCACGGGACAAGUUGAAUAGCAUCUGCCAUCUUUCUCAAAUCCCUCUGCUACCCUCCUCAAACAGAAAAUUUUCUGGAGCUGCCAUUGACUGUAGAUUUAGCAAUAAAGGAUUGCGCUCACAUUGAUGGUGUGUCCAUAGAUGAGCGCAGGGGGAAAAAGGC